UCAAAAAGUGACAAUGUGACAUCACCGCUUUAAUUUCCCGUUACGUUUUACUCCACCACUCUGUUAGAUUUUCUCGUGAGAGGCUGUCGUGAGAGUUUUCCAUUCGUUUUUCGGUCAAUUUCCCAAUCUUCAAUCAUGAGUGUACACAUCACUAGCAUGGACGAUUUCAACACCAAGCUCAAGGACGCAGGUGACACCUUGGUGAUCGUCGACUUCUUCGCGACCUGGUGCGGACCGUGCAAGAUGAUCGCGCCCAAACUGGAGGAGCUCGCCAACGAGCUCGGCCAGGCCAUUCUGGUGCUUAAGGUCGACGUCGAUGAGUGCGAAGAUAUCGCGACCGAGUACAACAUUUCCUCGAUGCCAACAUUUAUAUUUUUCAAAAACGGCAAGGUCAUCCAGCAGUUCAGCGGAGCAAACUUCGAUAAGCUCAAAUCUAUGACUUUAGAGAAUAAGUAGUAAUGUUGUGUGUGCGCGUCUAUUUUAAUGUUGUUAAAUAUUUUUGUAUAAAUUUAAAACUGUUGAUAAUUUUACUGGCGAUGCAUAAAUUUAGAAGUGUACGCAAGUAGGGGCUUGCUUUUGUCACACGCUCAUAGAAAUUGCCUUAAAACUCGAGCAGCACCUGCAAUAUUUUGGCUAUUUGUGAAAACUGUUCUAUUUACGAAAAUAAAGAGUUCAAAAAUGCA